AUGAGGAUUCAAUAUCUCAUCGCACUCACCACCCUAUCAAGCGGAGUAACAGCGGACUACUUGAACGUUGUCACAAACUGUGGUGUAUUCGGCAACUGCGGUAGCGAAAAGGCCGUCUGGUACACCGACUUUGGGUACAACCCGGUGGACGCCAACGAGGGCUGUCGCGACCCGAACAUACCUAACAUGAACACGCUUUGUAUGGACUGGGGCAAUAGGCGCGGUCACUUCUUCUUCGACGGCCAAGGUAAACGAUGUAUCCAAGAGCGAGCAGUUGCCGAGUAUGGGGACUUUAGCUUCUCUACCUGGGCUGAGGUCGUCUAUGCAGACAAGAUUGAUUAUACUACGCUCGUGCCUACUUGGUACUGCUGUGGCAUGUUCAGUCUUGUUGCGAUAACUGUGAUACCUGGCUGGAUUCUGGAAAGUUGGGCUGUCACUGAAGCAAAAUCUCAAGAAACAGGCAUUGUACACAUCAUUAUCAUUUAG